CAGCUUAGUUUUCUUUUAGUUUUGUACUUCUCACUGUUCUCAGUCUUUCACACCUCUUUGGUUGAAGAGCCCCUGGACCCCAUUCACAGAGAAACACCUUCAGCGAAUACAACGGUCUCAGCUCUCUACAGAUAGAGCAAACAAAUUUGUAGAGAUGGCAUCAGGAUGGGGAAUAACAGGAAACAAAGGGCGGUGUUAUGAUUUCUGGACAGAUUUCAGUGAGUGUAUGUCUAGUUGUAGACAACCUAAAGAUUGUGUUCUUCUUAGAGAGGAUUAUCUCGAAUGCCUUCAUCAUGCCAAAGAGUUUCAACGAAGAAAUAGGGUUUACAAAGAGGAGCAGCGUCAAAUAAGAGCAGCUGUGCGUAAAGCCAAAGAAGGCGAAGAGGGUGGUGUAAACAAGCAUCAUUAGCAGUGAUGAGGAUUGGCUGCCCCUGCAUCAACUAGGCUCCAGUCCACAAGGUUAUAAUUUUUUGGACUUCGCGGACAAUGAUGGAGUCGCUACCUGCUUAGCGUUUUGAUGUACGACUGAGUUGUUUGUAAUUUCAGACUCAAUUAUUUGCUUGCCACUCGCAAAAAGAAUUUAGGUUCCUGUGGAACCGCGGAGUAUUAGAAUUUAAUCUAGCAAGCAAUGUUGAUUCAUGUUGUAGUUAAAACCUCUCUUCUUUUUCUUCUUUAUGCAGAGUGCUUCAUCUCUCUGAAUCAGCCCAUGAGCUUAUCCUGAUUUUGUUUAUGCAGUGGUUCCAUAGUGCAAA